AUGCGUGCAACUGCGGACAAACACGUAUCGUUCGCCUCUGAGCUCGUGACGGCGUCGUGGGCAACGGCAAACAGUAAGACACGUGAGAGGAAUACCACUUCCCGUUGUGGUGAAUAUCCCACUGACGGGAUGAGCCUUGCCCUGUUCCAUUCGGGGUCACUAGCUCUUCAAGCAGUUGAUUCUCUCCGUCUCGAGCUCGAACUACCGCUUGUUGCCCGGUAUCGUGUGGUAAACUAUCUUUGGCGGCAUUGCUAUCAAAGUUGGCAAGAAGAAAACGCGGCGACUCUUCCUCCACGGCCCGCCAGUGUGGAGCACUCAGUUGACGAAUAUCUGCGCAUUUGUCGCUGCGACGGGGGCAUGGCGGGCGCGAUAUCAUCCACAUCGUUAAAACUUGUGGACGGCAUCACACUCCAUCGACUUACAUACCUUGCGGAUGAUGCAGGCCACCUUCAUCCGUACUCGAGGCGGCUGGAUCCCGUCACGAGACCAAUUGUUAGGUUUCUGAGGCAAACAUGCACGUUGCAGUUGAGUCGCCGACAAAACAAUAUUAUUUGUUUGCUGCCAAAACUCGUGGAGAUCAUCAUUAUCCUCUGUUAUAAACUGGAGCUUAGUGCCCAGAGGUAUGGACAGUGGCGACUGCCACCGCGUCACCUCACUUCCGAGGGGCGCAACUACCGAAAAAAAGGCAGUGGGGGCAAAAGCGAGCGGGAAGGUGGCGACUUCAGCCUUUCCCGCCUUACACACACCUGCAAUUCUCGCAGUAGUGUGUCUCUUAGUUGGACAAGCCGCUGUACAUGGUGGUUAGCCCGGGCGUGCCAGCGCGCAUCAGCUCGACCCCAUCGACUGUUUGCACAUCUGAGAGCGCUGCUGUUAGAUCCCGGGCCCAUGUGUCACGUAAAGGCUGGUUACUUACAAUUCCUUGCACUCCGCUUCUUUCCUGACCUUCCGUCCAUUCAGUAUCCCGUGGCCACGUUCCAUCCAGAGACUUUUGUGUGGAAGUCGGAGGAUGGAAGUGCUAAUGGUUUGGAGGAGACGGGCAAAACUCAUACACUGCAGGAGUCUCUGAAUCAUAAGGUAAAAUUAAAGAUUUCCCCGCAUUCUAACUCAAAAUGA